AUGAGCGAACUUUGCAAGGACGUCGAGGCUCUGAUCAACAUCAUAUGGCUAUCUGGGACACCUAGUCUACAGGUGCCGCACCUUCUAAAUAUCGCCGGCGAGCUCACGACAUGGGUGACUUCCUUCGCACCAAGUCCUCCGGCCACCUUUGCAGUCCUCCGAAAGCUCGAUCACUGCUUUGCGAGCCUUCUCUCUGGUCGAGACAUCGAGUCAAAAGAGCCUUUGCCUGGCUUCGAAAACGGAACCGGAGCAGGGAUGACUCGUACAGAAAUGGUUCGCUGUAAGAGUCUAGUGGAACAAACGAGAGUUUUGAUCGUGGACAUCAUGAACAAGGAGCCAGAGGACGAAGAUGGAGGUGGAGAUGAAAAUGAUGAUGAUGAUGAUGUAGAGACUGGCGAUGAGACGGAAACAGGGACGAAUGGGACUGGCAGUUUCACUGACCCAAAUUGGGAUGAAGGCGAUGAUACACUUCACAUGGAUGUAGCUCGCGUGUACGAAAACACAAUUGUUCAGUUAGGCGAGAUUCUAGGCGAAGGCGUGUCGGGCGGGAUCUGA